AUGGCGACAUUUUUAAGUGAAAUCCAUUUUUGGACGACACAGGAAGACAUUGUUGUUAAAGACACUGAUUAUGGUUCCUACAAAUAUUAUCAAAAAAAGGACAUCACAAACUUAUCGCAACACGCACAAGCAAAGAAACUCUAUUGCGACCAAUCAAGCAUUGUCUACAUCCCAAACAACAAACGUCCAGAAAAACUACGUGAUAAACUUAAAGAGCUCGAAGAUCAUUUAAUUCACAACAAAGUCAUUUUUUAUUGUUGGAACGAUAAUAACACACUUUCGAUACUAUUAUCUACAGGCCUGAUAGUAAUUAUUACCCAGCAGAAUGGAGAUUUAAUGAACAUUUCAUUCGAUAAGCAAUUAUUUGUAAAAUUACAAUGCAAUAUUAUAUGCGAUGGAGCCCUAUUUGGUAACAAUCAAACCAUUUGUGUGUGUAAUGAUGGACACAUAUUAGGAUUUGGUGGAUAUUGGAAAGAGGGUUGGGUUUUGGACGGCGGCAAUAAAAGGAAACUGCAUUAUGAUCAAGAUUGGCUGGUGGUCUAUGGUAAGAUCACUGUAGAACACCCUCAACCAUGGAGUCCAUUAACCAAAGAUCAUCAAAGAGCCAAUUUGCAUUUGUACAACAUUGGCUGUAGAGACCCAGAGUUGUUAGCCUAUAGAAAAACCGAUGGGGAGCCAUUAUUGGUCGUUAUCAAUAAAACUUCCAGUGAUAAACAUUUAAUCGUUGUUGAGCAAAAAGUUACCCAAAAUGGGCAAGUGUCAUUGGAAUUAAGUACUUUUCAAUUAAUCCAAAAUAAUUUGAAAAGACUCACAGUAACGUCAGUACCCUUACAAACCCAAGUAAGUUGUACUAGUCUAAGCCACAAUAAAGAAAAGCUGCUAAUAAGCUGCAUAGAUGGAACUUUAGCUAUAUUAGACAGACAUAGAGGCUCUACACGAAUCAUAAAAACCCCAUUCAUUGCCACUUUGGCAUCAUGGCAUCCAGAAAAUGUAAUUGUAACUAUAGCUAAUGAAAGAGGCUUCAUCCAACACUAUGAUAUUGCCUUGAAUGUAAUAAAAACUCAAGAAGAGGCUGCUUUACAUGAUUUAAGUGGCUACAAUAGCCAAUUUAUCGUAGCUUCAAUAAACUGGGGCCCAAAAGAUUUGAUAAUUGCCUUCGAGCAAGGCCCAUUAGCAAUUUUAACUCACCAAAAAGGUUCCUUUGGGCUUAAAUCUGUUGCCAAGCAAUAUUUGAAGGCUAAUAAAGUCGAGCAAGCGGUAAAGCUACUUCUAAGCUGGGAGUUCGACGAUAAAGCGUUUUUUCUGCUGCAGCAAGUUGCUAUGCAGUUGUUAAGAAGAAAUUUGACUGAGGAAGUUGCGCAAUGUUUGCAAGAAGCUCUGGGGUGUUUUCAUUGUGCACCAGUGCCAUUGUCUGCCCAUGUUCGACACAAAUUUGGACAUCAGGUUAUGUGCAUCACCCGACGUUUUUUCUAUCAGCUCCUCAGAACUAGCAUGUUUGAAACUGCGUUUUUACUAGCUGUAGACGUUGGUCAUCACGAUCUAUUUAUGGACCUACACUAUAUCGCCGUCAAACUGGGCGAAACUGAAAUGGCAGCUGCAGCCAGGGCCCAAGCUUCAGCUUUACUAAGCCGCUGUUCUAGUGAAGCUUCUAACUGUUCCCGAUCUUUGUGUUCUCAAUGCUCAGACAGCCAGAGCUGUAGCAGCACAAACUAUGAAGAAGAAAUGCCUAAAGAAAUAACCACGGAUUUUAUGCAGCCCAAUCCGACUACAUACAACCAGAGACCACCAGAAAAUUUAAAUGCUGCUAAGAAAACGUUUCCUCCACGGGCCACAUAUGUUAAAGCUCCUCAGGUGCCUCUGGAUUUUGUGAAACAACAACAAACACCGCUAUACAGGUCGUAUAUUCGGGAAUAUGUAGAUAAUAUUCCCACUAACAAUGAUAUGGAGCAUAAUAUUCCAGGGUUGCCUGUUCCAUUUUAUAGAUUCAAGCCACCAUUGCCCAAUGUACAAAAAUUACCACCAAAAAACAAUCAAAAUCUGAUUGAUUUUGAUGAAAAUAUUUUGCCCAAAACGAAAAAUGUUAAAUUUUCCGAUACAGUCACUGCAUUUAUUGUACCUGAAGUCAAAAGGGCAGUUAAACCUCCCCCGUUGCCUCCCCACUUGACUGACCCGCAGCGUGAGUUGGCUGCCAGUUUACCGCUGUGUCAUCCUAAUGAGGAUUAUUUAAAGGAUUUUGCCCCUGUGAGGAAAGAAGGGGAAGGUGAGAGUGGAGAAACGGGUUUGGUGCCUCCAAAAAUUAAAGUGGUACAUUUUGGAGUUGUUUGA